AUGUUUUGGGCUUCGUUUUUAGGCCUUGAAAAAGGCCCGUCCCUCUUUUGGGAGAAGGAAUGGGGCUGGAUUGAUGCCGAAGGCUAUGUCUCGCACAUUGCUCCUUUAAUGGAGGGAUUUUUCCGCCUUUGA